ACAGACAGCAGCAGCCUGUGAAUGUUGAUGAUUGUCGUGUCUUCAGCAUCAAGCUGAGUGAGCUCUUGGCUCAUCCUCAUCAACCACAGCUUGUAUUAUUGAUAUGUUGGCUCAGUUAUUUAGGUCCCCAAUCUGGUCUAGAUUCAAGCAGAAUAGAAAAACAACAGAAUAAAGACACGUUCCUGAUAAAGUGACGGCCGUCUAGGGCAAAACAUCAACUUCUGCCUCUUUGAUUGUUUCAUUCUUCCUUUGUGGGAGUGUGUGCUCGGUCUCACUGAAGGUCAGUUUAUUUCUGUCGUAACUGUGAUUUAGGGUUUUCAUUAUAAACAAUGUUCUUUCUUUCUCUGCCGAGUAUUUUCGUUGGUCUUGUUUAGAUUCUGGGUUUGAAGAUAUUUAGGUAUAUCAGGAUAUUUUCACAAAAUGUGAAAAAGAUAAAUAACCUGCCUUCUUUUCAUUGCCUUCAAACUGUGUUAACUACAAUUAAUUGAUUAGUUUUAGGUGUAACUUCUCGCUGUUGGUGGUCGUUCUCUCUUUGUGCCAGUGUUUUCUUCUCUUUGAUGGACUCAGGUGUGAAAUUAUUCUGUUACAACUACAAGAUUAAGAGCCUCUCAGAUCCUUUAGGACAUGUGAAGUUGUUUAAAGACUGGAAGUGGGUCACAGGUGUGGAGACAGAGAGAGUCACCUCUCCCACCUGCUUCAUCAAUUCCUCCGGUGUAUUUAAACAUCUUGUGGUCAUGUUUUCUCCUCAGUGGGCUGAAUAAGUGAGUUUUCUGUGGAUCUCUGACACGCACAACCAGGUUUUGAUGUUGCCUGAAGUAAAAACCGUCGUUUUUUUCUUUGUUUUUUUAGGAAACCUCCAUUUUAUUUCUGGUUUAAACUAUUCCAGAGUGAUAACCAGGUUGCCAUGGUGACCCUCCUGCAGCCUAGCAACAACAUCAGCACCGUGUCGGACCCCGCCGGUGCGCUAAGCCGGGCGGGACACACCGCGGCGGCCGUGCUCCUCGGGUUCAUCCUGGUUCUGGGCUUCCUCGGUAACUUCACGGUCCUCGCUGUGUUCUCCCGGUUCCCCGGACUGCGGACUCCGGCCAACCUGCUGCUGAUCAACAUCAGCGUCAGCGACAUGCUCGUCUGUAUCUUCGGGACUCCAGUCAGCUUCGCGGCCAGCGUGCGCGGCAGGUGGCUGACCGGGACCUACGGGUGCCGGUGGUACGGUUUCUCCAACGCGCUUUGCGGUCUAGUGUCUCUGGUGUCUCUCUCUCUGCUGUCCUUUGAGCGGUACUUGGUCGUGAUCCACAGCACCCGAUCAGACUGCUCUCAGUACCGCAGGGCCAGGCUCGCUGUAGCGGCCUCCUGGUUCUACUCACUGGUCUGGACUCUGCCGCCACUGCUGGGCUGGAGCAGCUACGGGCCCGAAGGUCCCGGCACCACCUGCUCCGUCGAGUGGCACCGGCGCUCGGCCACAGCUCGCUCCUACAUCAGCUGUUUGUUCGUCUUCUGCCUGCUUCUGCCGCUGCUGCUCAUGUUCUUCUGCUACGGGAGGAUCCUGCUGGCUGUGCGAGGGGUGGCGAGACAGGUCACCAGGAUCAAACAGUCCUCUGCUGAACGGAGGGAAGGCCGUGUUCUUCUAAUGGUGGUCUCCAUGGUGACGGGCUACCUGUUGUGCUGGAUGCCAUACGGGAUUGUGGCGAUGCUCUCCUCCUUUGGACGGCCCGGUGUGGUGCCGCCUGCCGCCAGUUUAGUCCCGUCCCUGCUGGCAAAGACCAGCACCGUCCUCAACCCCGUCAUUUAUGUGCUGCUCAACAAGCAGUUCUGCAGGUGUUUCCUGUACAUGGUCAGGUGCGGCUCAGAUACCCCACCCACCCUGAUCCACCACAUGUUGCCUAGCAGCAGGGGGGCGUGGCCUCCAGCUACCAUCCCGCCAGCUGACAAACUAAACACAACACCUGCCACGAUCACAUCCAGGUGAAGCGGCCAGCCCUGAUGCUAGUGGCUCGCUGUGCAGCAUAGAGGUCAAAGGUCAUUUAAGUCAGUGAUAAAUAAAUAAAGGGUUCACUUUUUCUUGUUUUCAUUUUGAAACAAAGAAAGUUAGAAAAAAUCUAUACUGCAGAAAUUUUUUUAAUCUCCUAUUCUUUGAAUUUCUGUGUUGAUUUUACUUCUUUUGUUGAUAAAUCUGGUUGAAACCAAAUGUGAAACUACGAUCAUGAAGCUUAUUUCUGACUGUUUUUCACAGCGGCAGUCAGAUGUUACCUCAGUCAGUUGUUACACUGUGCAUCACAUGUAGCUCAUUUUGUUGUCUGAUCUUCAGAGCAUUUAAUUACACUUUAAACUACAUGUUAUAUUUUUCUUUUUUAACAGUCAGCAGCACGUUUUAUCUCAGAGUUUUAUUUGUCAGUUAUAUUAAAUGAUUUGUCAGGAGAUUUUUCUUAUUGUCAACAAAUCUCAUGUCCAGAGCUAAAACAACAGUGAAUCGAUCCUACUUACAAGUAUUGUGUUUGUAUCCAAAGCCUGAUAAAUCUUAUUCCUCUGUGCUGUAGACCUCCAUUGUUGUACAGAAAUGAUUAAAAACACAUCAAUGAGCCACACCGUUGCAGUGGACGACAUGUUGUUUCACCGGGAAAAGCUUAAGUACGGUGGAUUGUUGAGAAACGGCUCCAAAGACUAAUAACAGCAUUUUCAGUCUCAGGAGAGUAGUUCCUUGUACGGUAAACACCUCCUUUCUGUUUACAGAGGUUCAAUAGCUUGUUUUGCUACAUUUCACAACCUCUUGACUUUAUCUUGAAGUUCCCUGAGAAAUAUACAAUGUGGUACAAACAGAACCGCGUUCGCAUGCAUGCGCUGUGACGUCUGCCAUACAAGAAACUGCUCUUCAGAGACUGAAAAUGUGAUUGCUGUUGGUCUUUGGAGCCGUUUCUAAACAAACAAACAUAACUGUAAUCUUAGUGGUGAAGGAACCUGUCUCCCAGUGUAACAG